AUGAAUCCAUCUGUCACAGCCUGGAGCAGACAACUCACAUCUAUAAGUGGAGGAGAACAAACUUUCAAAACAGAGUUCCCAAUCCUGCAAUUACUGAUAGUCAUCGUGGACCUGGUGGGGCUGGCAGGGAACGCGAUGGUGAUCUGGCUCCUGGGCUUCCGCAUGCGCAGGAAUGCCUUUUCUGUCUACAUCCUCAACCUGGCUGGAGCUGACUUCCUCUUACUCUGCUGUUAUAUUGUGGAUGCCCUGGAGAGACUCAUCCGGGACUUCUCUCUCAUCAACAUAUCCAUCCCCAAAUUUUUCAUCACUGUGUCCAUCUUUGCCUACAUCUCAGGCCUGAGCUUUCUCAGCGCAAUCAGCACGGAGCGCUGCAUGUCCGUCCUGUGGCCCAUCUGGUAUCGCUGCCACCGCCACAGACACUGGUCAGCGGGCAUAUGUGCGCUUCUCUGGACCCUGUCCCUGCUCCUGAGUAUCCUGGAAGGGUACUACUGUGGGUUCCUGGUGGGGACUAGGCAUUAUUUUUGGUGCCCAGUGUUGGAUUUCAUCACUAUGGCGUGGCUGAUUUUGUUGUUUGUGCUGCUCUCUGGGUCCAGCCUGGCCCUGAUGACCAGACUGCUGUGUGGCUCCCACCGGGUGCUGCCCACCAGGCUCUAUGUGACCAUCUUGCUCACAGUGCUGUUUUUCCUCCUCUGCGGCCUGCCCUUUGGCAUCUACUGGUUCCUCGUAAUCUGGUUUCAAUAUUUUGUUGCCCUCGUUCCUCAUGUCUUGGUGGCAGUUCUUCUGUCCUGUGUCAACAGCUGUGCCAACCCCAUCAUUUACUUCUUUGUUGGCUCCUUCGGGCAGCGAUGGUGGAAGCAGAGACAUGCCCUGAGGCUGGUUCUCCAGAGGGCUCUGCAGGACACUCCUGAGAUGGAUGAACAUGGAGAGAACCUGCCAGGGGAAACCAUGGCCAUCUCAGAAAGUCUGGUGCCCUGA